GCCUGACUGAAUCUCACAGCCGUCCGCCUGCCACGGAAACCGAGACUCGGACCCAGAUCCUGAACUUGACUGCGCAGAAAGGGAGCGGUGAGAGAGCGCGUGUGAUACAGCAGAAAGAUGCUACAUGUGGUACCUCUGAACCCUAUCAUUAUCAUCAUCAACUACUAAGGGAGUCUUAAAGGGCCUAAAAGUAGUUCUGUUACAAUUCGUGAUCUUAAAAGAAUUGAAAAGGGAGAAGAAGAAGAAUACCCAAGAGUGAAGAGGGGUAAGGAAGGAUGGAAAAAAAGGUGACUGAUCUACAUAUCAAAAGAAUAUGGCUGCACAAAUAUCAGAAACUGAUCAGAUUAAACAGUUUAAAGAAUUUCUUGGAACUUACAAUAAACUCACAGAAACUUGUUUUCUGGAUUGUGUUAAAGACUUCACAACAAGAGAGGUUAAACCAGAAGAGUCUACCUGCUCAGAACACUGCCUACAAAAAUAUUUAAAAAUGACACAAAGAAUAUCCUUGAGAUUUCAAGAGUAUCAUAUUCAACAGAAUGAAGCUCUGGCUGCCAAAGCAGGACUCCUUGGCCAACCACGAUAGAAAAGUGUUUAUGGAUGGACCUUUCCAUAUUGCAGUGCCAACAGUUGUUGCAUUGGAAGUAGGAGUUCUUUUGAUCUUAAACUGUUGUGGAUAUUUUCACCAUGUCAUUGAUUUUGAGCAUUUGGCAAGUGGAAACCAUUGGAGAAACAAAUGUGCUUCUUACCAGGAAUAAGCAAAGUACAAGAUCUUGUCUUACUGUGCAAUGAAAAUAUUAAGAUGCAACCUUUGUGGGGGCCUUAAAAUUCAACAGCCUGGCCACUUGAUUAGCAAAAUAAACCAUUGUUUCUUCAAUUGUGACUGUUAAUUUUAAAGCAAAGUAUGUGUUCAAUCAUGUGUAACAUAAAAAUUAUUUUUAUUACCAAAAGUAAAAUAAGUGGCAACAUUUAAGUUCAUAUUUUUAUCAAUAAGCAGCUGUUUAUACCAAGAAUUACCAUAGUAUCCAGACUGGAGUUUAUCUGAAUACUUACCUGAAAUAUUUUUCACUCAGGAUCAUCCUCAAGGCAUUCCUGUUCAUUCAUUUCUGCCUCAAAUUGCUGGUAAAUACACAAGAGUUAUUUGCUGAUCAUUUCAAUGCAGUCUUUCCUUCCCUCCCCUUCACUCUGUUCUCCCUGUCUCUCUCCCUCCCCCAGUCUGUCUUUCUCUGCCAGGAUGGGCAUUUGACUUUUUUCCUGUACUUCUAGGAAAAAUCGCAUCCAAGACUAGCAUUAAGAAGUAUGUUUACUGACAGUCAUGGUCUUUACACAAAUUAUGAGAAGGAAGUAUGCAUGAUAGGGUCAGAUCACCUAUAUAUAAUUCAUUUAUCGCCACUUAAAUUUUGGAUCAGCCAGAUUUUCUCUCUUAAAUAUGCCCAAGUUAAAUAAGAGAAACCAAAGUUAAAUCAUUUAUUGGCUAAAAAAAAUGCACAAAUAAAAUGAGUAUCUAUGAAAAGUAAUGGUUGACUCCGGCAUAAGAGGAUGAGUUUUUGUAAACAGUUUUAAUCUGAUGGCAAAUAAAAGACAACUAUAGCUAACAAUGAUCUUAUUUGGGUAAAUUCCAUUUGAUUCAAAUAUGAAGUUGUAGUUCAAAAGAUAAAAGACUUUAGGUCUAACAAAAGUGGCUUAUUGUGUUUCUGUCAUUGAUGAAAAAAAACAUAUUUUGAUAUAAUGAUGUAACUUGAAGUAGAAUGGAAAAAUCCUUGUGAUAAAUUUACAUAUGCUUUUUUUAAAAGCCUCCUUUAGAAACUGAACCAUUUCACUUCAUUAUCUGGCCUCAGCAGACACAACUAUU